GUUUUUACUCCUUCACACCAGGAAAGUGGUAAAAAUGUAAGAAAAGUUUGAUUUCUUGGAACUGCAAACAGAAUGCACAUUUUUCCCGUUGACCCUGAACGCCACACAGCUUUCGUCCAAGUUACAUUGUCAUGGUGACGGGAAAAACGCUCAGCCCGAGCAGGUACAUGGUUUAGUGUGUGUGACAACAGAAAGAAAGGUUAUUAAACAGUGUUUCUGUCAGCCUGGACUGAAGAUUGCAGAAAGCCUCAUCGUCAUGUGUGAGAGCACCGCGGUUCCGAGCGGGGAAGUUUACCGGCAGCUGUUCGACGCUCAGGCUCAGCUGUCCAGAUCUCUUCUAGCCGGACGCAGAGACACCGGGACAAAUUGUCUGUCUGCUGUGGACAGCAACACACACUGCAGCACAGCCAGCAGUAGAAGGCAGCAGGCGGAACACAAUGAUGAUGAUGAUGAUGUCAUAGAUGAUGUUGGCAGACUUCCAGAUGCCGUGGUUGUUGAUCAUCCCAGCUCUGACAUCAUUGAACGUCUGACAGAGAAAAAAAUUCAAAAACAUCAAGAGGCUCUCAAACAGCUGGAUUCAGACCUGAGCCAGCUGUCUCAGGUGUGUGAGACUCAGGUGAAGGCCAUCAGUCAGGAGCUAUUGUCCAGUCUGCAGGAGGUGGAUCUCAGAUUGGACACCCUGAAAGUCAGAAUGAAUCAGCUGGAAGAUCUGGAAGAUGUCAGUAUGCAGGAGAUCCACGGUCUUUGGAAGGAGGUAGAGGAAGACGUGAAGCUGAAGAAGUCCACUAUCGUAGAACUUAACCUCAAACUGACUGAAACUGAAAAACAACGUACUGACCAGAUCAGAGCUAUUAUCAGGAAGUACUACCGUGUGUUGGAGCAGAUCAGUUUCCUGCAUCCAUCUGACAUCCACAGGCUGAUCCACACUGAAGCUACAAUGCUGAAUCAGUCUCUGCUAGCAAACCGUCGCAGCAUUGCCCGACUGCUGCUGCUCCUCCAGGAGGAAAAUCUACAUAAGGAGUCGAUCCUUCGUCGGCACUGGGAGGACUGUCUGAGUCACUGGAGAAGGAAAAGGGUCCACAGAAUUGUAGAUCAGUUCAGAGGUCUCUGCAGCAGGAAUGAGGAUCAGCAGCUGGCCUCAGUUCAGCAGAUAAAACUAACCCAGCAAGAUCUGACUGAACGGCGCCGUGACAUCAUUAACAAGAUCAGCUCUCUGGUCCCACCCACCUGCUCCAAAGCUUUGGUGUCUGAUUGGUUUGACCAACUAACAGAUGUCAAUCAGCAAACUGAGCAUUUCCACACUGAGCUUCUCCAUCAGCUGCGUUGCUGCUUUGAACAGACAUGGCAGAAUCGGCUGGCGGAGGUGGAGCGCUGUAAGGAAGUGCUCUCAUCUUUGGAAUUGUCAGAAGAGGAAGUGAAUGACAUCAUCAACUCACAGCUUCUCACAGUGAUUGGAGCACAGCAGAGUCAGGAUGAAGAGCAGCUGGCCGCUUUAGAUGUGAGCAGUGACUCUGUGGCCCGUCAUGCUUUCAGUCUAAGUAGGAGUGUAUUUGUUGUCAUGCGAGCAGCAGCAUUGCUGUGGGAGACACAUUGCCAAAGAUUAGAGAGGAGAGAUGAAAAACUACAACAAGACCUGAAUGAUCUCAGAUGCUCACAGCAGCAGCACUUACAAAAAUGGAAGAUGCAAAUGGAUGACCUGUUAGGAGGACUCCGUCAAGAGAGCAGUGAGGAUGCUCUGAAGACAUCUCUGGACAAAACUAUCGGUUACUUGCAGCAGAUUAAGCACAGUUGCAAUCAAUUUGUCAUUGAUCAAUGGACCCUGUUGAAUCUUCACCCGUCGUGCUGUUUGGAGGACUGAGCUACAGCUCCACAGACAGCAUGUGGACACCCACUUUGAGGGUGUGUUGGACCUGUUGACCUCCUGUAGGAUGGAAUUGCAAGACCUGCAGGCCUCCAUAAAGAAAAAGAACAUGGAGCUUAUGGUCACUUUGUCCAACAUUGAGGCCAACAUCCAAACAGCCAGCAGCAGUCAACAUUGGGAGGCUGCUAGCACCACCCUGCAGGACUGUCUGCAUAGACACAUCAAAGAAACGCAGGACUGGCUGACCAACUUCAGACAGACAGUCAUGAUAAGAAUGGAGGAGGGCAAAAACAAAACAGCACAACUCCUCAGCUCCUUCAGGCUGUUCAGUGAAGGAGGAGAUUUUGCACCUCAGGAGCUAAAGAUGUUUCAGAGAAGGGUGAGGGAGGAAACUAAGCGUAUCAGCACAACUGAGGAGUCCAUCUACUCUGCUCUUGAGGCUUUUGAAUCCAGGAGCUUACAGAAGGUGAAAGAAGUGUCGGCUCCCUUGGAAGAGAAACUGUCCUUUUUGAAGUCUGAGGUGAAAUUUAUUGAGGACGCCCAGAAAAUGAUCACCAGCACACAAGUUCACAUCAAAGCUGAGGCUGCCAGAAGUAACCACCAGCAGACUGUUAUCAGCAAAAGACUGGAGGACCUGAGGAAGAUGUUGGAUGACACACAGCUGUCUCCAGAUCAGGUUUGUUCCUUCCUGUCAUCAAUCAAUAAAGAACUCAGGGAGUGCUGUCAGUACCUGGAUUUGAGUUUGGACUCUGCACUGGAGGAAAGCCUUGCUUUGUCAGGUCACCAUAAAUCCAGGAAGCAGGUCCUGCUAAACCUGUCUCCUGGUUUACUGCAGCCAAACAAAACAAAUAUGGACCCCCUUGAUGAUCCUGUUGUGGGGAUCAUCAGGUCCUUGAACAGGAUUAGUUGCCAAGAUCCAGCAAAGGAAAGAGAACGGAGACAAAGGAUAUCUUCUGGUCUGAAUCCUAUCCAGCUUCAGCAGAGACAAGAUUCUGUCAAUGCACCGAGUGUAAAGAGUCGCGCCAGGUUUAUCAGGACUGAUAUCAGGCAUGAGAGAAGGUUCCAGAUUUUUGGACCCGAACCAGAUCUGAGUGCACAGUCUUUUAGCUCCAAAGUUAAUUUGGCGUUGUGGAAAGCCAAUGACAUUCUCCUGCAGCUUGCUGAGGACUUUUAUCGCAGUGAGCGUCUAAGCUGUUUCCAGCUUCUUCCUGACUCCUUGGACCAAUGGAUUGAGAACACGCAGCAGAAGCUGGUGGGAUACCACGAGCAGGCAAGGAGGUUUCUGGACACCAGCAGAGAUGAUGUGGUGAAGCAGCUGUCUGUGUUCGAGGAGCUGCUACUUUUAUCACCUGCAGUUUUGAUCAGUCACCAUGAGCGACAGCAUGGGGCGGGGCUCAGAGAGGAAGUGGCGAGACUCACACAGAAACUGGAGAAGACUCUGGCAGCCAGUGAGAAGGAGAAGAGUGUGAACAUAGGUCAGCUGCGAACGUCUCUCGGGGAGGAUGAGCUGGAGAUGCUGAACAGCAGAGAAGAGCUGAGACAGCAGCAGCUACACAGCACUAUCUCCAGUGCACACCUUGAGCUGCAGGAAUGUGUGAGAGGCAGAGGGGAGGAGUUUGUUACAUCACUGGCUUCUCUGACAGAGAAGCUGCUCCAUCAGAUGAAUGACCUCUUUAGCCCUGCAGAAACUGGUACAGCAACAGCACGACAGCAGACAGAAGGUGGUGCUGUUACUGUAGAAGCAGCAUCUGAAACAGGAAGCAGACCAAGCGCUGAAAAUAGCACAGGUGACCUGCCAUCUUCUCAUACUGCGGUAACAACAGUUUCGAUCGCUACAUCCAAGUGGACCCCAGGACAUGUGACUGUUAUGGAGCAAAGAAACACUGCUAUGAAGCGGUUUGAGCAAGUGGUCAAGUUGGAACUGUUGCUCUCAGACGACAUGAAACGAAGACAGCUGAGCGAACAGCAGAGCUGGAACACACACUGGAGACAACAGAUAGACUCUCUGAAACUGAUACAGAAGCCAACAUAGCAGCAGCUGACUGAAAGUUUUUGGUGUAGGCUGUGAUGACAUUUACUGCAUUUAAUGUUUGUUAAUAAACCAGAGAAGAA